CUUGAUACCAUGCAUGCAGAUUCUAGAAAUAUCACUCAUCCAUAAUUCAUAUAAAUACCCCAUCACCCUAUCAAGGAUUUGCAGCCCAUAAACCAGAAUUCUCUAACAUUUGAAGUUCAAAAACUCAAACCCACAAUGCGUCUUAGAUAUCUCUUCAUCUUCUCCCUCCUCGUCGCCGCCUCCUACGCCCUCGUCCAAGACUUCUGCGUGGCAGACCUCUCCCUUCCCGCCGGCCCCACUGGCUACUCCUGCAAGACACCCGCUUCAGUAACCGAAAACGACUUCUUCUACCAUGGCCUCGCCACCCCCGGAAGCACCAAUAACCGCGCCGGGGCCGGCGUGUCGUGGGCGUUUGACUCCCAGUUCCCCGGCCUGAACGGCCUGGGAAUCUCCAGUCUCCGUCUGGACCUGGCGGUGGGCGGAGUCGCCCCCCUCCACAGCCACCCCGCGGCGACGGAACUCGUGGUGAUUGUUGAGGGGACGCUAACCCUUGGAUUCAUAUCGUCAUUUGAUGACAAAGUGUACAUCAAGACCUUGAACAAGUGGGAUGUCAUGGUUGUCCCGCAGGGACUCCUCCAUUUCGCGAUAAACUCCGGCAACACUACGGCGCUGGCGUUCGCGAGCUUCAGCAGCCAGAAUCCAGGCCUGCAGACUACGGCGUUCGCCCUGUUCAAGAACGAUUUUCCGACGGAGUUGGUGGCCAAGACGACGUUCCUCGACGCGGAGCAGAUUAAGAAGCUCAAGGCGCUUCUUGGUGGCACUAAUUAAUAAAUUAAACUAAUUUUCAGUUGCUAAAUUAUGCA